AUGUGCAUUUCGUCUAGAAUUCAUGAAAUGGUUAUCUACAACCGAGAGGAUCCGGGCGAUUCGUACCCAGACGCCACGAUGGCCUGGCAAAAAGUAAAGCAAACGAGAUCUACUAGGAGCCCAGAAAAUGGCAUGGUGGAAAAUUCAAAGAAGGCACCGACCAUUUCAACACAUUUCCGUUCGUCAGUUAGGCGAACCGGCAAUGCGAUAGUCAUUUCUCUCCGCGGAGCGGAUCUACAAUGGCUGCUCUCGGAAAUUCAAGGAUGUCGAGGAUCCGAUCCCACCGUUCAAAUUAUUUUCAACGAAGACAAAAGCCCGCCUCAGCCAUCAAACAUACCGCACGCCAGCGAGGAGUCGUCCCUGACUCCUAAUAUCCUCGAUACUCUACGAGUGACUCCUUGCGAAAAGAACUACCUGGAACGUGUGAGCGGCGGCGAUGGUUCAACAAAAACGGAUUUACCAGAUAUUGAAGAGGAUUGUGCAUUGGAUCCUCGGGCCAUUGAGGCGUACAUGAUCUCCACUGGCUUGUCGGACACUGAACCUGAGUGGAAUGAAUUUACUACUUUCUAA